UUCGAUUCAUGUUAGGGUGAUUGGUGCAGGAUAAUUGGCCUUCUGUGAUGUUUGCAAUGGCAGGAUGGGUGGUACUUAGCCUUGGAAAUCUCUCAACUCAGUAUGCUUGGGCUUUUGUUGGCUUAUCAGUCAUAGAAGUGAUCACUGCAAGCAUAACAGUUGUUAUAGGAACAACCUCGAAUUACUUUUUAGACAAUAGAAUUAAUAGAGCAGAGAUCCUUUUCCCUGGCGUUGGCUGCUUCUUGGUUGCAGUUUGCCUUGCUUCUACUGUCCACUCAUCUAAUGCAGCUGAUAAUAAAGAAAAGCUUGAAGGUUUUUCAUCUAAAGAGGGGUGUUUGGGAAAAGCACUCUCAUUGGACUGUCCAUAUGUUUCUUUGCUGGUGUUUGCUUUUCUCUAUUCUCACCAGCAUUCAACUUGGCAACAAAUGAUCAAUGGCAUACAUUGAAAGAUGGGGUUCCUCACUUGGUUGUCUACACUGCAUUCUUUUACUUCUCAGUAUCUUGUUUUGUCCUUGCUAUAAUCCUCACAUCACAUUCCUUUACUACCCUAUGUUGGACUUACCGAAAUCAUCAUUCAAGGCUUAUAUGUUGAAUAUUUAAGACUACUUUAAUACUUUAAGAACAUUUUGUUGUUGAUGACAGUGUUGAAUGUUUUAAACUAAUUUGUGGAUUGUUAAUAUAAUGUUGAAUGUUUUUACUAUUUGUUAUUUGAAAAUCAAGUUCAUUUGA